AGUACAUCACUGCCGAUCCUAAGAUGAAGAGACUGACCAAGAAGAAGGCCCUGACUCUGGUGAAAGAGUUAGACGCUUUCCCAAAGGUUCCCGAGAGCUAUGUAGAGUCUACAGCCAGCGGUGGGACAGUGUCGCUGAUAGCUUUCACUCUCAUGGCUGUCCUUGCCUUCCUGGAAUUCUUUGUGUACAGAGACACAUGGAUGAAGUAUGAGUAUGAGGUGGACAAAGACUUCAGCAGUAAACUGAGGAUAAAUGUCGACAUCACAGUGGCCAUGAGAUGCCAAUAUAUAGGUGCAGAUGUCCUGGAUCUGGCAGAGACCAUGGUUGCUUCUGAUGGGCUAAAAUAUGAAUCAGUCAACUUUGAGCUCUCUCCACAGCAAAGAUUGUGGCACAUGACUCUUUUGCACAUUCAGGAGCGUCUGAGAGUGGAACAUGCCCUCCAGGAUGUGCUCUUCAAGGCUGCAUUAAAAGCAGCUCCUCCUGCUGAGCCUCAAAGCCAGGACAGUUCCACUCAGCUUAGUGCCUGCAGGAUUCAUGGACACCUAUAUGUUAACAAGGUGGCAGGAAAUUUCCACAUUACCGUGGGCAAGUCUAUCCCACAUCCCAGAGGCCAUGCCCAUCUAGCAGCCUUAGUUAGCCAUGACAGUUAUAAUUUUUCUCACCGGAUUGAUCACUUGUCCUUUGGAGAAGCGAUCCCUGGAAUUAUCAGCCCACUAGAUGGCACAGAGAAAAUCUCACCUGAUUCUAACCACAUGUUUCAGUACUUCAUCACCAUCGUGCCCACCAAACUGAACACCUACAAGGUCUCUGCAGAAACACAUCAGUACUCCGUCACCGAGCGGGAGCGAGCUAUAAACCAUGCUGCCGGCAGCCAUGGAGUCUCAGGGAUCUUCAUGAAAUACGACAUCAGCUCACUAAUGGUGAAAGUCACCGAGCAGCACAUGCCUUUCUGGCAGUUUCUCGUCAGACUCUGUGGCAUCAUUGGAGGCAUCUUCUCUACGACAGGCAUGCUUCAUGGUAUGGUUGGUUUCCUGGUUGAUGUGGUUUGCUGUCGUUUUAAAAUGGGAAUGUACAGACCUCUUAAAGAGGAGGAGCCUCUGAAUAUGCAAGAAAGCAAUGAGAACCCCAUUCCAACGCAAAACUACACUCAGCAGUGAGAGUUCAUUACAACUCAGCUGCAGCUGACCCACAGCUCACCAUCUUAGCCUAUCCCACUAGACAGCAACGAGCAAUGGGAAUAUGUUUACAAGUUGUUUCAUCAUGAAAAGUGUCCCUGAUCUGUUCAGAGAUGUGUAAAUAUUUUUAUAAUUUUUAAAUGUUUUAUUGGUGGGUGAUUCAGACAACUGUUCAUUCAUCUGGGAAGGACUGUAAUCAAUACCUCCACUUAUUUUAUGUCUCAAUCACUGGAAGGGUGCAGCACUAAGAGGACUGAACAACAGACAUUUUGACUUGUCAUAGGAAAAGCACAGAUAUUACUGAUAACAUUAAUAAUGGCACAGUCUGGGUCCAAGCCAUGACCCAGCAUGCACAAACCAGGACCUUAAAAUGAAACAACUAAAUAGAAUCCAGCUGCUUGUUAAUUUCAUUAUUUACAACUGUGUUUUUUCUAUUGUUACAUGUCAAAAUGCAUUCUGUUUAAAGGUCUAUUAUUGUGGAUCUGACCUUGUUAAAUACUAUGGUACCAGGUGUUAAAGUACUUACACAGCAAUGGUACACCCACACAGGUGUUUUCACUUUAAUUGACCAAUUAAUCACAUUUAAACUUACAUCAUAGCUAAGUUCAGCCACAAAGGAACCAGCUGUGUGGGGGUGCAGAGCCUGUAAAUGGGAACUAUGUAAAAAUAAACAAACAAAAAAAAGACUAGAAGGACUUUAAAUGUUCCACAAGUGUGCCUAUGUGUAAAUGCUUGUCGCAAAUAUGAGGCUGAUUUGUUAAAUAAAA